AUGGUGAGAGGCAACCUAACCGUCACCUCGGAAUCCCUCCUCCUGGGACUGUCCGAGGUGCCUGAGCAUCAGCCCCUCCUCUUCUGUCUGUUCCUGUCCAGGUACCUGGUCGCUGUGGUGGGGAACCUGCUCUUCGCUCUGGUCAUCAGCUCCACCUCCAGCCUCCACACCCCCAUGUACUUCUUCAUAGCCACUCUGUCCUGCGUUGACACCUGCUUCACCUCCGUCACUGUACCGAAGAUGCUGCUAAACAUCCAAACCCAGAGCCAAGCCAUCCCCUAUGCAGCAUGCCUCACGCAGAUGUGUUUCACAAUUUUGUUUCUAGAGCUGGACAAUGUCCUCUUGGCAGUGAUGGUCUAUGACAGAUUUGUAGCCAUAGGUCACCCUCUCCACUAUACCACAACCAUGAGCCCCAAAUUCUGCAUCACAUCGGUGUGUGUGGCUCUGACGGUCACAAACAUCUAUCCCUUGAUCCACACCCUCCUCAUGAAUACACUGUCAUUCUGUGCAAGUGUCAGAAUUCACCACAUCUUCUGCGAGCUCUAUGAGUUGCUAAACUCAGAUAUCCACAUCAGUGAGUUGGUGGUUUACACCAUGGGGAGCUUUCUUUUCGUCACUCCCUUCCUCUUUAUCUCUAUCUCCUACCUUUGCAUUCUCUCAGCCAUCCUGAGAUGUCGGUCUUCCCAGGGCAAGCUGAAAGCCUUCUCCACUUGAGAUCCCCACCUCGCUGUGGUGUCAUUGUUCUACAGGACCUUAUUCAGGGUGUACCUGCGACCCUCGUCCUCCUACACAGCCGAGGACUCAGUGGCCACGGUGCUGUAUGCGGUGGUGGCUCCCAUGCUCAACCCCUUCAUUUACAGUCUGAGGAACAAGGACAUGAAGGGGGCCUUGAGGCACCUCUUCAGCUGGAGAAGGGUCUGGUCUUGGUGA